UGAUUGCUACGUUGUAUAGCCCGCCACUAGACAUUCUGUGAGUUCCAAAAGAUGUGCUUAUUCUGUUGUCUGGUUUGAAAGUUGAAGAGUAAACCACCCCAUUUGCUUGAAUUCAUUCUGGAAGGUGAUGCCUGAAAAAAUGUGGUGAGGCUCCAUGCAUACAAUAGUUUUUCUUGGUGAUGAGGCACAUGACAGGCCCUCAAGAUCCUCUUGGAAUGCUAAAGUUCCGAGUGCUGUGAGAAGCCUGCAGACUUCAUGCUGCAUUCACAGUCUGUACAGGGAGCCACCCUUGGGUGAGCAGAAAUGUGUUUGAUGUUUCAGCAGCUAAUGACCUUCAAAGAUGUCACUGUGGACUUCACCCAGGAGGAGUGGGAUCACCUGGCCCCCGCUCAGAGGGACCUAUACAAGGAUGUGAUGCUGGAGAACUAUCAGAACUUUCUCUUUCUGGGGUUUCCAAUUUCCAAACCAGAAGUGAUCUCCCAGCUAGAAAUAGGGGAAGCAAGAUGGUUGAUGUUGGUGAAAGAAAUUCCAAGAAACUUCUCUCCAGAUCCUCUUUGUCAGAAGAGUACAUUUGAAACCAAGAACUCAACUCUAGAGGAGAGUAAUUUUAUGGGAGAAUCAUCCAUGAGAAGAUUUCCAGUGAAUACUAAUGAAUGUGGUGAAACCUUCAGGCAGAUGGAACACCUUAUUAUACAUCAGAGAAUUCAGACUGGAGGGAAAUCGCAUCAAUGUAAUGAAUGUGAAAAAGCCUUCAGCUGUAACUCAGGCCUUAGUGUACAUCAGAGAAAUCCAACUGGAGAGAAAUCCUAUCAGUGUAACCAAUGUGGGAAAACCUUCAAUUAUAACUCAUACCUUACUGUACAUGAAAGAAUUCAUACUGGAUUAAAACCAUAUAAAUGUACUGAAUGUGGAAAAGCAUUCAGAGAGAGGAGAUACCUUACAAUACAUCUUAAAAUUCAUACUGGAGAGAAAUCCUAUAAAUGUAAUCAAUGCGGGAAAGCCUUCAGCCAGAGGGGAAGCCUUAAUUUACAUCAGAAAAUUCAUACUGGAGAAAAAUCCUAUAAAUGCAUUGAAUGUGGGAAAGCCUUCAUCUCCUGUUCAGUCCUUACUAUACACCAGAGAAUUCAUACUGGAGAAAAACCAUAUAAAUGUAAUAAUUGUGAGAAAGCCUUUAGACAGAGAGGACACCUUACUGAUCAUCAGAAAAUGCAUACUGGAGAGAAAUCCUAUAAAUGUAAUGAAUGUGGGAAAGCCUUCAGAGAUAGGGGAUACCUUAUGAUACAUCAGAAAAUCCAUACUGGAGAGAAAUCUUAUUUAUGUAAUGAAUGUGGCAAAGCCUUCAGAGAGAGAGGCCAUCUUACUAUACAUCAGAAAAUUCAUACUGGAGAGAAAUCCUAUAAAUGUAAUGAAUGUGGGAAAGCCUUCAGGCAGAAAGGGAACCUUGCUGUACAUCAGAAAAUUCAUACUGGAGAAAAACCAUUUAAAUGUAAUAUAUGUGGGAAAGCCUUCAGGGAUAAGGGAUAUCUGGUUGUACAUCAGAGAAUUCAUACUGGAGAAAAACCAUUUAAAUGUAAUGUGUGUGAAAAAGCUUUCACAGAUAAGGGAUACCUUACUAUACAUCAGAAAAUUCAUACUGGAGAGAAAUCCUACAAAUGUAAUGUAUGUGGGAAAGCUUUCAGAGAUAAGGGAUACCUUGCUGUACAUCACAGAAUUCAUACAGGAGAAAAACCAUUUAUAUGUAAUAUAUGUGGGAAAGCCUUCACAGACAAGGGUUACCUUACAAUACACAUGAAAGUUCACACUGGAGAGAAGUCCUAUAAAUGUAAUGAAUGUGGCAAAUCAUUUAGCUCCAACUCAGGCCUUACUAUGCAUCAUAGAAUUCAUACUGGAGAGAAACCGUAUAUAUGUAAUGAAUGUGGAAAAGCCUUUAGACAGAGGGGAACCCUUAAUGAUCAUCAGAGAGUUCAUACUGGAGAGAAAUCCUAUAAAUGUAAUGAAUGUGGUAAAGCCUUCAAAGAAAAGAGAUAUCUUACUAUACAUCACAGGAUCCAUACUGGAGAGAAGUCUUAUAAAUGUUGUGAGUGUGGGAAAGCAUUUAGACAAAAAGGAAACCUUGCUGUACACCAGAGAAUUCAUAUUGGAAAAGAAUCUUUUUAAUUCAGAAAAUAUGAAAAAAAUUUAGGUACAAGACAUUCUUUGUUUAGAGAGAACCUCAUUCAGUCAGUGUACACUCAGCAUAUAAAAUCUUUCACUUAGAAAGGAAAAGUUGCCAAAUAUUAAAUCAGGGAAUUAUUAGAUGUGAAAUUUGAAACCUAGACCCUUUAAAAUUUUAUAGAUGGCAGAGUUGAUGGAUAGGAAGUCAGCU